UUUUCCGGCGACCCGGAACACACACAAUGGAAGCAACCAACGACCGUAAUCACCAUACUGCCAAGAGAAAGCGAGACGGCAAUUACGACGGUGAGGAUUCAUUCGCCAUUGCAAACGGUGGCGUCGACCUCUCCCUCUUGGAAGAAAUCGAGAAGUCACAACACUCCGUCGAAGUUGUCGACGUUAAAACCCUAAAAAAACUUGUUCUAUCGUUCGAGCGUCGCCUUCGCGACAACAUUGCCGCCCGCCUCAAGUACCCUGACCAGCCCGAGAAGUUUGCUGACUCUGAAAUCGAGCUCCACGAAGAGAUCGAGAAGCUCAAAAUCCUCGCCGGAGCUCCGGAACUCUACCCUGACCUAGUUAACCUCAACACGAUUCCAGCAAUUCUUGACCUGCUAACUCACGAUAAUACUGAUAUCGCCGUCGACGUUGUUGGUCUUCUCCAGGACCUUACCGAUGAAGAUGUAUUAGACGAAAAUGAUGAACCUGCUCAGAUUCUGGUUGAUUGUUUAAUUGAAAACAACGUGCUUGAAUCGUUAGUACAGAAUUUGUUGCGUUUAUCAGAGUCUGACCCGGAUGAGGUGGCGGCGGUUUAUAGUACGCUUUCGACGAUUGAGAAUUUGAUUGAAGUGAAGCCUGCGGUGGCUGAGAUGGUGUGCGAAAGGACAAAGUUGUUACGGUGGAUUAUAGGGAAGAUAAAGGUUAGAGAGUUCGAUAGCAAUAAGCAGUAUGCUUCCGAGAUACUGGCGAUUUUGCUUCAAACCAGUGUGGCAAAUCAGAAGAGGUUAGGCCAAAUGAACGGUGUGGAUGUGGUGUUGCAGGCUGUGGCAAUGUACAAGUCGAGGGAUCCUCGGAGUUUGGAUGAGGAGGAGAUGGUUGAAAAUCUCUUUGAUUGCCUCUGCUGUUUGUUAAUGCCAUUGGAGAAUAAGGAGAGGUUUUUGAAGGCUGAAGGGGUUGAGUUGAUGAUUAUUAUUAUGAAUCAGAAGAAAUUGUGUUACGGGUCGGCGAUCAGGGCUCUUGAUUUUGCAAUGACAAAUUAUCCGCCUGCUUGUGAACGGUUCGUGGACGUUUUGGGGCUUAAGACUGCUUUUCCUGCUUUCAUGGGUAAGAUUCCAAUGCUCAAAAACAAGAAAAAGAGAUCCAAAGAAGAAUUUGAGGAGCGUCUUAUAUCAUUAGUCGCAUCACUUUUUGGUGGAAUUUUGAGGGGUUCAAGAAGGGAAAGAUUAUUGAGUAAGUUUGUGGAAAAUGAGUACGAAAAGAUAGACCGGCUUAUGGAGCUUUAUAUGAGAUACUCAAACCGAGUGAAAGAAGAAUCUGAAAGGUUGAAUGCGCUUGAACUAGACGAUCUAGAGAUGGAUGAAGAGGAAAAAUACAAUAGAAAGCUAGAAUCCGGACUCUAUUCACUACAGUUGAUUGCCGUUAUUUUAGGUCAUCUUUGGACCUCCGAGCUUCCUCGGAUAAGAGCAAGAAUUGAAUUACUUCUUAAGCAGCAAAAGCUGACUAAAAAGGAUGUUAAGAAUGUACUACAGGAAUAUCACGACAACAUCGGGGAUCUAGAGGGGCCAGACGAGAAAGAGAAAGCACAGGCCAAGAUCCAGAAAUUCAUCGCAGCUUUGUGAGGAUAAUGACACCUUUUAUGUAUUGUAACGAUUUUUUCUUAGCCUUGAAUAGAAUUUGUGUAAGAAGCUAACUGAGUGAGUCCAAGUCAAAAUUUGCUAAAAGUUGUCUUUUUGAUCA